AAGACAUUGACUCUACAAGCUCGUUAGCUAACUACAAUGGCUGGUCAUUCGCAUAGAUCAACCGUUAAGAACGGUCACAAACCAUUCAAGUCAAAACACGCAUCGAAGGGCUCAAUAAAGGCGAGAUAUAAGGGUAAAAUUGAAAAGACAUCUAGUGUUCAAAAGGUCAAAAAGGGACACUCCAAACUUGAAAGAAAGAAUUUGGCCAGACAAUUGAGAGAUCAGAAGAUUCUCCAAACGUCAGAGAGUAGGAAACUAUUUGAGGGAUCUAAUGGUGCGGAAAAAAUCAUCACUGUGAUUCCAUUGACUGAGGAUGUGUCUGCAGAGUCAAUCGUAAAUGAGUUGAUCGAUGCUGCUGCUUUGCCAGGACAAGAUAAGUCCAUGAUCCAAUCACCUUCCGUUACCUCAGUAAAGAUCCAAAAGUUCAAAAGUAACUUAAAGUUCAUCAUCCCUGAUUUUAACGAUUUCAUCUCCAUCUUGGACGCUGCUAAGGUGGCUGACUUUGUCGUUUUCGGUCUCUCUGGUACAUCUGAAGUGGAACAGGAAUAUGGUGAACAGAUCAUCAGAGCCUUAGAACUACAAGGUAUUGGCUACACAAUGGGCGUGGUGAACAACCUGUCUAAAGUUCAUCCAAAGGAGAAAUUCCAGGCAGAUGUCAAACAGUCUCUUGAGAGUUAUUUCAAACAUUUCUUCCCAACUGAAGAAAAGAUCUACAAUUUGGAAAAUGCGUCCGAUUCAUUGAUAGCAAUCAGAACGUUGUGCCAGAAGUUCCCCAAAUCAAUAACAUGGAGAGAUUCCAGAGGCUGGUUAGUUGCUGACCAAGUCUCAUGGGAACCUACAAAUCCAGCUGUGUCUCAUGAAGGUUUGGUUAAAGUGGAAGGUAUUGUUAGAGGUAUUGGUUUCAACGCAAACAGAUUGAUUCACAUUCCAGGUCAAGGAGAUUUCCAAAUUGAACGUAUCGAGAAGAUUACGAGAUCCGAAGUUGAAGGAUUCACUCCUAAUGAAAACCAGGAGUCGCUGGAGGAAUUGGCUCCUCAGGAAAUGGAUAUGGAGGAUUGGGAAGAUGAAGAACAUCAAAAUUACAACCCAGAUGCUAUCAGAUAUGAUGAUGACUAUGAGUAUGUUCCUGAACAGCCAAAGAAGCUCAAGCUGAACUUGCCAGAAGGUACCUCUGAUUACCAAGCCAGAUGGUUCCUCGAGGAUGAUAUUGUUGAAGGUGAAGAUGAUGAUGAUGAGAGUGACGAUCAAAUGGAUGAAGAUGGGAUGGAUGACGACAAUAUGGAUGACGACGUCUAUUCAGAGCAAGGCCAAGAUCCACAAGAUUUACAAAGUGAAAUGUUUGUUGAGCUCAAUGCUGAAGAGGAGGAACGUCAACUGCAGAUGUUCCGUGAUAAGGAGGAGGAAGAUCGUGAAUUCCCUGAUGAACUCGAAUUGCUUCCUACUGAGUCUGGUAAGGAGAGACUCAAGAGAUACAGAGGUUUGAAGAGUCUAUAUAACGCUACAUGGGAUUGUGAUGAAUACGAUCCAAGAUCGCCUAGCGAAUGGAGAAGACUCUUACGUAUCUCAAACUUCAAGGCUACGAAAAACAAGAUCCUCAAGUCAUCUAUCGGCGAGGCCCAAGCAGUCGCUGGUUCCAGGGUUAGAAUCUACCUAAAGGCACCAGAGUUUAUCGUGUCAAAAUUCCCAAACCCAUCAGUGGCACCGUUCAUCAUCUAUGGAUUGCUCGAACACGAACAUAAGCUUGCUGUUGUGAACUUCUCCAUUCAAUCCUGGGAAGAGUACGAUAAGCCAACACCAUCAAAGGAAACCAUGAUUGUCCAGUACGGCCCAAGACGUCAAGUCAUUAAGCCUGUGUUUUCCGACGCAUCAAACACUCCAAACAAUGUUCACAAGUAUGAAAGAUUCUUGCACAAGGAUGCUCUCUGUGUUGCAACAGCUAUUGCACCAGUGACAUUCACUAACGCACCUGCCAUCUUCUUCAAACAGACCUCUGAAUCUCCAAGAAAGAUCGAAUUCAUUGGCCAUGGUUCUUUCCUCAAUGCAGAACAUCAGAGAGUUUUGGCUAAGCGUGCUGUCAUCACUGGUCACGCCGUGAAGAUCCACAAGAGAGUCAUCACAGUGCGUUACAUGUUCUUCAACGAGCACGAUAUCCAGUACUUCAAGUCUGUCCCACUCUUUACAAAAUCUGGGAGAUCAGGUUUCAUCAAGGACAGUCUGGGUACACACGGUUACUUCAAGGCAAACUUUGACGGUAAGAUCAGUUCACAGGAUGUUAUUGCAAUGGCCCUCUACAAACGUGUCUGGCCAAAAUCAUCGGUCAUGUGGGCACGUUGAUCCUCUAAUAUUACACUUAAAUAUAUAUAAUGGCUCCGCAAUCUGACA